CAAAUUAAAUCAAAUCCCUAUCGUGAUUUCUUACCCAGUGAUUUGUCCAAAAUACUUCUAAAACCAAUGGUGGAUAUACCUCAAUACUACUAGUCCUAUGGACUAGUAAAUUGUACCGUAAAGGACCUCCUACAAAAACCCCACGUCCCACACUCACAACAACCAACACACAUGCAUUUGCUAUCUAAACAACAAAGCAAGAGAGCCUAUCGACCAAAACGCCAUGGACCUCGCAACGGGGGCGCUAGGCUCCCUCCUCUCCAAGCUGGUCGAGCUCCUCGCCGAUGAGUACAAUCGGCUGAAGGGCCUGCGGAAAGAUGUCGAGUUUCUCGAGAGCGAGCUGAGGAGCAUGCACGCCGUCCUCCGCAAGGUGGCGGAGGUGCCGCGGGACCAGCUCGAUGAGCAGGUCAGGCUCUGGGCCAACGAAGUCAGGGAGCUGUCUUUCAACAUGGAGGAUGUUGUCGACCGCUUCCUGGUGCGCGUCCAAGGCCCUGACGACCGCAUCAAGAGCUCACACAAGCUGAAACGGCUCAUGAAGAAGAUGGCCGACUUGUUCACUGUGGGGAGGACUCGCCAUCAGAUUGCCCACGCGAUCAAAGACAUCAAGGGCCAAGUCGAGGAUGUGGCUGCACGCCGUGAUAGAUAUAGGAUCAACGAUAUUGUGGUGAAUCCAACCGCCACAACAACUAUUGAUCCUCGUCUGUUAGCUCUGUACAAAGAUCAGAAAGAGCUCGUUGGCAUCCAAGAAGCAUGUUCUGAGCUAAUCAACAGGUUGGCCAAUGGGAACAAUGAUGUGUCCACGCAAGAACUCAAGAUACUGUCCAUUUUCGGAUUUGGCGGGUUGGGCAAGACGACUCUUGCCAAAGCAGUGUAUCAUGGGAUUAAAGAACAAUUUGAGUGCAUGGCCUUUGUUUCUGUGGGUCGGAAUCCUGACUUAAAGAAACUUGUCAAGAAUAUCCUCUUCGAGCUUGACCAAAAAAAGUAUGAGAAUUUCAAUGAAGCAGGGUUGGACGAAAGACAGCUCAUCGAUGAACUUCGGGUCUGA